AUGAAAGUGUUUGUUAGUGCUUUGGUGUUGAUCGGAUGCGUGCUGGCAUACGGAUCGGCUCUCUCGACACAGGGUGCUAAGGAUUGUGGUAGUACGGACGGAGGGCUAUCCUGCCACGGUGCUAAGAUUGUGCGUAACCUGGUACGGCGAUUGGCACGCUCCGGCAAAGCGGACGAUGCGCUGAAACUGUUCCCGGGAGUGGAAAUUGUCGCCAACGACGAUGCCGAGGAACGGGAACGAUCGUUGAAUGAAGUGGCUGACGAUGAUCGUAGCAUGUUCGGGCGCUUUGCUCGGUAUCUGCAGAGCCACGAGCUGAAAAUCAACUUCGGCCAGCUGGUGCAGCGCAGCGACAUCAAGGAAGCGAUCCGGACGGCAUUUGGUGCGAUGGAUCAGGAGGUGAUCGCGGACGUUGCGGAGGCCCGCAAGAAGGAUAAGGGUGGCCUGGGUGCGAUCAUGAUGAUGGGACUGAUGAUGGGCAAGCUGCUGGCAGCACUCGGAUUCGGCGGGGUUGGACUGCUCGCACUGAAGGCUCUCGGUGUUUCGAUGGUUGCACUGCUCCUGUCGGCCAUCCUGGGGCUGAAGAAACUUACCGAACACGGUGACCACAAGGGACGGCACAAUGACGAACAUUUUGAGGUACACUCGGAGAACGAGCAUGGACAUGAGGGAGGGGCACGAAAGCGUCGCUCGGUUGAGACGGAAACCAUCGCUAAUCACUUGGCUUACAACGGUUGGGCACAGCUGGUGCAGUGA